UCCAUUCGUCGCGAAGGAUCGGAAACGUCAUAGAAAACGAGCAAGGCGUGCGGCUGCCGGCUGUUUGUGUAUGUUUGAGAAGUUAGGUUAUUUUUGUGUUAGAGUUUUAGCAGAAACGUUCUACUAACGGCUUCAACUACAGAUCUAAGAUGCCAACUUGGAAUCAAAUUCAGUCUCAGCUUCGACAUCCUAACAACCCCGUUGUAUUUUUCGAUGUCAACGUAGGCACAAUAGAAAUUGGCAGAAUGGUAAUGGAACUAUUUGCAGACAUAGUACCCAAAACAAGUGAAAACUUUAGACAAUUUUGCACGGGUGAAUACAGAAGAGAUGGAGUUCCUCUUGGCUUUAAAGGUGCCCCUUUCCACCGAGUAAUCAAAGAUUUCAUGAUCCAAGGAGGAGAUUUUGUCAAUGGUGAUGGAACUGGUGUCAUGAGCAUUCAUGGAGGAACAGCCUUCCCAGACGAAAACUUUACUCUGAAACAUGAUGCUCCAGGGCUGCUGUCCAUGGCUAAUAGUGGCAAAGAUACAAAUGGUUGUCAGUUUUUCAUAACAUGUGCAAAAUGUAAUUUCUUAGAUGGAAAACAUGUUGUAUUUGGUAGAGUUAUUGAUGGGCUUCUUGUCAUGAGAAAAAUUGAAAAUGUCCCCACUGGUCCUAAUAACAAGCCUAAAAUUCCAGUUGUUAUUUCACAAUGUGGACAGAUGUAAUUUCAUGUAAGAUCUCAACAAUGUACCAUCUUUGUUAGUGUUCUUAAAAACAUACAAAUAAUUAACUUUUCAUAAAAUAUAUUUAUCAUAAAUUGGUCAAAUUCAUUUUAGCAACAUGCAAGCGGUUCUCAAUUCAAGAGAAAGAAGAUAACAGUUGUUUGCUUAUCAGAAUAAAUAACUUUUGUGUACAACA